AUGGCGAUGCGCGCGCACUCGGCGGUCGGCGCCCCCAUCGCCGCGCCAGCCCGCGCGGCGCAACGCGGGCGAGCCCACCGCGGACAAAUUCGCCCCGCGAAGAGUCGCCACUCGGUCGUCGCCAGCGGGCUGCUCGCCAAGGCGCUCUCGACGGUGCGAUCCUCCGACGCGACCGACGUCAUGUACGCAGACGGAGAGAAAGUGACGUAUCCGACGGUCCUGUACGCGUUCCGCGAGGACGGAUCGUGCGUCGUGACCAACUGCGCGACCGGCAAGGUGAUCCAGCGCGUGCGUGGCGACGGUAACGCGAUCGAAUUCACCUCGCAGACGGAGGAGCCCGUCGCCGCGCCCGCGCCCGUCGCCGCACCGACGCCCGCGUCGUCCACCCCCGCUCCCGCGCCCAUGAACAACGUGGUCGGUGCGACCGGCGACGGCAACGAGUCCAGGCUCCAGGCCAUCAAGCAGUCGCUCGGUUGGCUCGACGUCGCCAAGGAAAAAGUCGCGGGCGCGGUGGACUUUGCAAUCAACGGCAAGCCCAAGGAGUACAAGACCGUGGCGCUGGACUCGGACGCGCAGCGAUGGAUCGACGCGUGGAGCUCCGGGGCGAGCAAGGAGGACCUCGCCAAGGUUCCAAAGUCCAAAUCCCCGUCCCUGGCGGACAUCGAGGACGUGGCCAACGAUUCCUCCUGGAUGGCGCCCUCCGCCGUCGGCGCCAAACCGUCCCCGACGAUGCAAACCUGCGACGAGGACGACCAGGCGGCGAUGGAGUCCGUGCUGAACCGCGGCGUGGCGGCCUGCGACAUCGACGAGGUGGACAAGAACCUCGCGUUCGCCGAGUUUGGGGCGAAGACGGGGAAGCGCGCGGCGUUUUUCGACCUCGACGGAACCCUGUGCGCUUCAAACGUGGUGUCCCAGUACGCGGUGGCCAAACUCGCGAACAUGCCGACGUGGCUCAAGUUGUUCUGGGUGCCGUUCUACGCGUGCAAGUGCCUCGUUUACCUCAUCGUGGACAAGUUCAGUCGCACCGCGUUCAACAACAUGUUCUUUGGCGAUUUCGCGGGCAUGGACGCGUCGGAAAAGGCCAAGGCGGAGAUGGCGCGUUUGGUGUAUGAACGGUACACGUCCCCGCGGGUGUUUCCCGCCGCGGUCGAGGCGAUCGCGGGGCUGCGACGCGACGGGUACGACGUCGUCUUGGUCACCGGAAGCGUCGAUUUCGUCGUGGAGCCCCUCGCCAAGGCCAUCGGCGCCUCGCACGUCAUCGCCAACGCGCUCGAGGAAAAAGACGAAAAGUUCACCGGCAAACUCGUCGGUCCCGCCGUCGCGGACGACGAGAAGCGGGUGCGGAUCGAGGCGUACGCACGGGGCGCGGGGUACGACCUGUCGAAGUGCGCCGCGUACGGGGACUCGUACUCGGACCUGCCCAUGCUGGAGUGCGUCGGCGACCCGCGCUGCGUGUCCCCGCAAAACUCGCUUCGAAUCAAGGCGCAGAAGGAGGGUUGGCCGGUGCUGGAGUGGGGCGCGGAGACGACGGGCGAGAACGGGGGCGCGCCCGUCGCCGCCUGACGCGGAGGAUCGCGAGAAGGGGUCAAGUAAUGUAUUCGUUAACUGUUUCUGUUGUUUCGAAAGCCCAUUCGGGUGUGAGCCCGCGUCGUC